AUGCGCCGUCUCGUCGUCCUGCUCCUUACUGUCUUGCUCCCCCAUGAAAACAGCUGCUCCGCCGCCGCAGCUUCCGGCGGCGGUAUCCAGUGCAGCCGCCGGUGCGGCAGCACCACCGUCCCUUACCCUUUUGGCUUCUCCCCCGGCUGCCCCAUCCCGCUGUCCUGCGACGCCAGCAUAUCCACGCCGAUCCUCGGUCGCAGCGGCACGACCAUCCACUCCUUCAACUCCACCACCUCGACCAUCGUCGUCUCCCUCCCGCCAUCGUGCACUCGCAGCGUCCCCGACGCCAAGAAGGCGCUCUCCGGCGCCAACUACGGCGUCUCGUCCCACACCGGUCUGUUCCUCCGCGGCGGCUGCCGCGAGAUCAACGCGUCGGGCGCCGAAUGCAGCGUGCCCGCGAGCGUCAUGUCCAGGCUUCUCCGCACAGCGCAGUGUGUCGGCAACGACACCUCCGUGACGUGCUUUGCCUCUUCUCCGAUGAACAGCACGGCGGUGGCGGCGCCCGCGCCCGCGCCGGCACCGGCCUUGAAGUCCGCUUAUCCCAACGAGUUCUUGCGCUGGGAGAAAGUGGAGGCCUUUCGGUGCGGCGACGCGCUGACGGCGGCGCUGUAUGGGGACACGGACACGGUACUGUCGCUGGAGUUCGGCGUGGCGGAGCUGGGCUGGUGGGUCAAUGGGACGUGCGCCGGCAGCGGCGAGCUUUGCGCGGCGAACGGGACUUGCACCGACGUAGACACGCCGAGCGGGAAGAAAGGACACCGGUGCGCAUGCCAGGCGGGGAUGAACGGCGAUGGCUUCUUGGCCGGCGACGGAUGCCACUACCUAGCUAAGCGGGGUUUCAAGAAGAACGUGGCUUUCAUCGCUGCAGGUGUGGUGGUGGGCGUGGCGGCGGCGGCCGGCGUGCUCCUGCUGCUAUGCGGGGCACGACGCCGGCGCUCUGUCGGCAAGGGGCGGCAGGGCUCAAGCCGGCUCGCGGCGAUGCGGCUGCUGUCGGAGGCGGCGACGUCGAGCGGCGUGCCGGUGUACUCAUACAACGAGGUGGCGCGCGCGACCAACUCCUUCUCCGACACGCACCGCCUCGGCACGGGCGCCUACGGCACGGUCUACGUCGGCCGGCUCCCGGCGAACUCGACGGCGCUCGUGGCCAUCAAGCGCCUCCGGUGCCGCCUCGACGACCACGACGACGGCGGCGGCAGGGCGGUGGCGCUGCUCCUCAACGAGAUCAGGCUCAUCUCCUCGCUCAGCCACCCCAACCUGGUCCGCCUCCUCGGCUGCUGCCUCGACCGCGGCGAGCAGAUCCUCGUCUACGAGCUCGUGCCCAACGGCACCCUCUCCCACCACCUCCACGGCAACGGCGACGGCGACUCCACGCUGCCGUGGCGCGCGCGGCUCGGCGUCGCGGCGGGCACGGCGGCCGCCAUCGCGUACCUGCACGCCGCGCGCCCGCCCAUCUUCCACCGCGACGUCAAGUCCGGCAACAUCCUCCUCGGCGCUGACCUCCGCGCCAAGCUCGCCGACUUCGGCCUCUCCCGCGCCGCCCGGGGCGCCGAGGACGCGUCGCGCUCGCACGUCUCCACCGCGCCGCAGGGCACGCCGGGGUACGUCGACCCGGAGUACCACCAGAGCUUCCACCUCUCCGACAAGAGCGACGUCUACAGCUUCGGCGUCGUGCUGCUCGAGCUCAUCACCGCCAUGAAGGUCGUCGACUUCGCCCGGCCGGCCAACGAGGUCAACCUGGCAUGCCUCGCGCUCGACCGGAUCGGCAAGGGGAGAGUCGAGGAGAUCGUCGACCCGGCGCUCCUCCGCCACGGCGAGGAGUGGGUCAUGGAGUCGGUCCGGCACGUCAGCGAGCUCGCCUUCCAGUGCCUGGCGUUCGACAAGGACGUCCGGCCGUCCAUGAGCGAGGUGGCCGCCGAGCUGUGCCGGAUCAGGGACGCCGCCCCAGACUCCGGCAUGACGGACCUCGUCGCCGACGUGGGACUCAAUGGACCAGACACCACCACGGCAAAGAAAGCCCGGUCGCCGGUGUCGGUGCAGGAGGGGCUCAGCGAUUCAUCUGAAGAAGAAGAAGAAUACAGGAUGUGCUACAAGGUGGAGUGCGACAAAUGCGGCAAGAUCACCUGGAAGGGGUGCGGCAAGCAUGUCGCGUCCGUCUACGAAGACAUCGAGAAAGGAAAGCACUGCACCUGCAAGGCGUGGCCGGGUGUUGACACGGAAGGGUCGUCCUCGAACACCAAAGAAGGUGACGUGCUUUUGCUUGAAUCUUUUUCAUCUGUCCAGGAUCGCAAGACAGAUUUACUGAGAAUGCUUCCCGGGCUGUGCUUGCAGGUGGAGGAAAAGCUUGAGUUCUUGCACAAGGAUCACUAG